CCCAGGACAGCUGUGUGGGAYACUGAAGUCCUGUGAGCCUCAGUUCUCAUUUCCCACCCACCGGGCCUCUGCCGCCUCUGGAACCAGCCUUGCUCCUGGCUGAGAUGGAGACGUGAACCCGCGAGGACGAUGACCKCAGUGUAUGCAAACGGAGGUGGCCUGGUGAACGCCCACAGUGCCAGGUGGGAGCGGCGAGACAGCGCGGAGAGCAGUGGUCAGACAGACUGCAACAAGGAGGGUGAGGAGAGACAGCCCCGCCAGCUGACACCUUUCGAGAAGCUGACCCAGGACAUGUCCCACGAUGAGAAGGUGGUGAGGGAGAUCACACUGGGGAAACGGAUAGGCUUCUACCGAAUCCGAGGGGAAAUUGGAAGCGGAAACUUUUCCCAAGUCAAGCUGGGGAUUCACUCCUUAACCAAAGAGAAGGUGGCCAUUAAGAUCCUGGACAAGACCAAGUUGGACCAGAAAACUCAAAGGCUACUCUCCCGUGAAAUCUCCAGCAUGGAAAAACUGCACCAUCCCAACAUUAUCCGCCUUUAUGAAGUCGUGGAGACCCUAUCCAAGCUCCACUUGGUGAUGGAGUAUGCAGGGGGCGGGGAACUCUUUGGGAAAAUCAGCACUGAAGGGAAGCUCUCUGAACCAGAAAGCAAACUCAUCUUCUCCCAGAUUGUGUCUGCCGUGAAGCACAUGCAUGAAAACCAAAUUAUUCACAGGGAUCUGAAAGCAGAGAAUGUAUUCUAUACCAGUAACACAUGUGUGAAGGUGGGUGAUUUUGGAUUCAGCACAGUAAGUAGAAAAGGUGAAAUGCUCAACACCUUCUGUGGAUCUCCUCCCUAUGCUGCUCCUGAGCUUUUCCGGGAUGAGCACUACAUCGGUGUUUACGUGGAUAUCUGGGCCUUGGGGGUGCUUUUGUAUUUCAUGGUGACAGGCACAAUGCCAUUUCGGGCAGAGACGGUGGCCAAACUGAAGAAGAGCAUCCUCGAGGGCACCUACAGCGUGCCCUCACACGUGUCAGAGCCCUGCCACCGGCUCAUCCGAGGAGUUCUUCAGCCUGUACCCUCGGAGAGGUAUGGGAUCAACCACAUCAUGAACAAUGAGUGGAUGCAAGGGGUUCCAUGCCCCACGCCUUUGGAACCUUUCCAACUGGAUCCUAAACACUUGUCAGAAACCAAAACCCUCAAAGAAGAAGAAAACGAGGUGAAAAGCACUUUAGAACAUUUGGGUAUCACAGAAGAGCAUAUUCGAAACAACCAAGGAAGAGAUGCUCGAAGCGCCAUCACAGGGGUCUAUAGAAUCAUUUURCAUAGAGUGCAAAGGAAAAAGGCUUUGGAAAGUGUUCCAAUAAUCAUACUACCAGACUCUAAAGAAAGAGACCUUAAAAAAGGGUCCCGUGUCUACAGAGGCAUAAGACACACAUCCAAAUUUUGUUCAAUUUUAUAAAUUACACCAGACUGCUGGGAAUUAACGAAGAUCAUUGUUGCUGCUUUUAAAUUUUUUUCACGGACAACUUGU